AUGCAUAUCAAAGACAAGCUCGCCCAAAAUGAUGCCGCCGCAAGGACAGGGGUCUCUUUCGAGUUCUUCCCCCCCAAAACUGCACAGGGUGUGCAGAACCUUUACGACAGAAUGGACCGCAUGCACUCCCUGGGACCCUCGUUCAUCGAUGUGACCUGGGGUGCUGGAGGUCGUCUUUCGGAUUUGACUUGUGAGAUGGUGAAUGUCGCCCAAUCUGUCUAUGGUCUGGAAACCUGCAUGCACUUGACCUGCACGGACAUGCCCCGGGAAAAGGUCGAUGCUGCUCUUUCGGCUGCCUAUAAGGCUGGAUGUACCAAUAUCUUGGCGCUCCGUGGUGACCCUCCUCGUGAAAAGGAAACUUGGGAAGUCGUUGAUGGAGGAUUCCGCUACGCCAAGGAUCUGGUCAAGUACAUUCGGGAAAAGUACGGAAACCACUUUGACAUUGGUGUUGGAGGUUACCCCGAAGGUGCAGACGACAACCCGGAUGUGGACCUUUUGAUCGAUCACUUGAAGGAGAAGGUUGAUGCGGGUAGUUCUUUCGUCAUCACACAGAUGUUCUACGACACAGACAAUUUUGUUUCCUGGCUCAAAAAGUGCCGGGCCAAGGGUAUCACCAUCCCCAUCAUCCCGGGUAUCAUGCCUAUCCAAACAUAUGCUGCAUUCCUACGACGCGCGAACUGGACCAAGGCCAAGAUCCCUGAUUCUUGGAUGGAGGCUUUGGAGCCUGUGAAGAACGAUGACGCUGCCGUGAGAGAAGUCGGAAGACACUUGGUCGCAGACAUGUGCAGAACACUUCUCGCCAAUGGCAUCAACCAUUUGCACUUCUACACCAUGAACCUUGCGCAAGCGACAAAAGGAGUUCUCGAAGAAUUGAACCUUACACCAUCUGAAGAAUCGCCGCUGCAAAAGCCCCUGCCAUGGCGGCCAUCGCUUGGUCUCAACCGCAGAGGAGAGGACGUUCGCCCCAUUUUCUGGCGAAACAGAAACUCCUCUUAUGUGGCACGCACGCAGACUUGGGACGAAUACCCCAACGGUCGCUGGACCGACUCCCGGUCUCCUGCCUUUGGUGAACUUGAUGCUUAUGGUGUAGGCCUCAAGGGUACUAAUGAGCAGAACAUUAAGCUGUGGGGAGAGCCCAAGUCUGUGAAGGAUCUCACUGAGAUGUUUGUCCGGUUCUUGGAAGGCAAAUUGGAUCGAUUGCCCUGGAGCGACAGCCCCAUCACCCAAGAAGCAGACGAUAUCAAGACAAACCUGGUUGCAUUGAACAGCAAGGGUUUCCUUACAAUCAACUCCCAGCCAGCUGUGAAUGGUGCCCGAUCAUCCCACGCUGUCUACGGAUGGGGUCCCAAGAAUGGAUUUGUCUACCAGAAGGCGUACCUCGAACUUCUCGUCCCCCCUUACCUGAUCGAUGAACUUGUCGCGCGCAUCGAGAAGAACGAAGACCUCACAUACCAUGCCGUCCAAAAGAACGGUGAACUGAAGACCAACACCGAGGAUAGCCCGAACGCUCUUACUUGGGGUAUCUUCGCAGGAAGAGAGAUCAUUCAGCCAACUAUCGUGGAAACGAUCAGUUUCCUGGCCUGGAAGGAUGAGGCAUACCGUCUUGGUGAGGACUGGGCCAAGUGUCACGACGCUGCAAGCCCCAGCAGAAAGUUGAUUCAGGGUGUCAUGGACAACUGGUACCUUGUUAACAUCGUCAACAACGACUUCCACAACACCUAUGAUCUCUUCGAGCUGUUCAAGGACUUGGAGGUGAAGGACCUCGAAACCGAAGUUCCCGCGGACAGUGUUCCCGAGCAGCCUGUUGCUCAGAACUAA